CCGAAAUUAUAUCUUCAUUAUAUAUUAGCGACAAAUAUCUUUUACAUUUAUUGAUUUCAAGAGCACGUGUGUUAAACUUGAGAAGAUCUGUGAUGGACUGAUAGUAGCUCUUGUAACCGAAACGAAACGCCUUAUGAAAACGACGUUUUUUCUAAUAAAUCACACAAGGCGAAAUUUCAAAAGACUUCAAUGUGAUUGGACGCCCUGGCGUGUUGUGAAUUAAGUUUCAUUCAUACCUAGUGAUCCGCAUGAGAUGGGCUUGAUCAUAUGUCAUUGAAAAUCAAAGAAGUGCUCUGAGCGGAAGAAUGUGACUAAACGAAGAUACCUAUUUAGUUUGUGCAAAUUGCGGUUCGUUAUUUAUUGUUUUCCCACAUUCGUAUGUCUUAUUUAAUGAUAUGAAUGUAACGCCAACGUGAUAACUCUGGAGAAGUGUGAGCGUAUUCAUGCAAGUCUGUUAUUUACAUUUUGUUGUUGAAAGUCAUUCAUAAACGAUUGAACGUCGUUUCAUUAUGCCAGACGCCAUAUAUCCCGACGAAUUGAGCGAUAUUUAUGACAUUAAAGAGACGAUUGGUAGCGGUGGCUUUGCUAAGGUAAAGCUUGCCGUGCACAGGCCAACAAAUGAGAAGGUUGCCAUAAAAAUGAUGACCAAACGAGCUCUUGCUCAUGAUUUACCUCGCGUUUACACGGAAAUUGCCACCAUGAAAGAACUAUGUCAUCAAAAUAUUUGCCAAUUGUACGAAGUUAUAGAAACAACUGAUGAGAUUUUCUUGAUUUUGGAGUAUGCCCCUGGCGGUGAACUUUUUGAUUACAUUGUUGCGAAAGAUAGAUUGGAGGAACAAGAAGCUAGGCAUUUUCUUCGUCAAAUUGUUGCUGCUUUGGGAUACAUGCACGAAAAAGGCUAUGCACAUAGAGAUUUAAAACCUGAAAAUCUUUUGUUGGACGAGAAUCAAGAUAUAAAACUCAUUGAUUUCGGGUUAGUUGGAAAACCCGAAGGAGGAAUGUCUGAGAAACUCGAAACGUGCUGUGGCUCACCAGCGUAUGCAGCGCCAGAGUUAAUAUCUGGUGUCCCGUAUUUUGGUAAUGAGGCUGAUCUAUGGAGUUUAGGCGUGCUUCUUUACGCUCUUUUGUGUGGUUAUUUACCUUUUGAUGAUGACGACACCUACAAUUUGUACAAAUCUAUUCAGAAAGGCCAGUAUGAUACACCAAACUUUUUGUCGAAAGGAAGUGUUGCUUUGAUCGGACAGAUGCUAAAGACCGACCCAAAGCAGCGAUUGACAGUCCAAAAGCUUUGCGUUCAUCCAUGGUUAAACAAAGGCUAUGCUAAUCCAGUACAUUUUAAGACAAGAGUAAAAAAAGAGGAGCCAGACGUGGAUGUUAUCAAGGAACUGGCUUUGUUCUAUGGAGUUUCGCCUUUGACGCUAACAUCGCUUGUCAAAGAGUACAAGUUUGACGACUUAACUUCAGCCUAUUUUUUGCUGUGCAAAAAGAAGAGUCGGGGAGAAUCUUUGAAGCUUUUUCAUACGUCUUCCAAAGUGCUUCGUAACAAGAGGAAAGAGAUGCUUGCAUUGGAGAAAAAAUUGAGUGAGACUGUAGAAAACAACGAAGACGAAAGCUUUUCGAGCGAUCUACCUUCGUUACUGGUUGAUGACGAAGAUGACGUUUUUCCCGAUGAUUUGUUGGACUUUAGAAAGCCGAGGGCGUGUACUCUUCCACUUGAGUUCAUCAUUUCAGUGAAUGAAGAACCAAGUAAUAGCGACUUGUCGUCGAAUGGCUUACUCAAACCAUCUGUUCCGAGCAAAGAACACAUUGUUCCUUCGUCAAUAUCGAAUUACGAAUUUGGGUCCGUGAAACCUUUAUCGCCAGAAACUAAACUAUGGUCACAAUCACUAGAUAAUAAUCUUGAUCGAAGUCCAUGGACAAAUAGCACACCACGACAGCAAAGCAAGUCUGCUUCAUCCAGGAGGUUUAGUGAAAAGACAACAGGCUUGUUUGGAAGCAUCGAAGGUGGAAUAAAUAGAUUUUUUGGGGCAUUCACACCCCGUCGAUCUGCGAGUUCUCAUCCAAGAAAGGUUAAGGCAUUAUAUAAUGUGUCGACUACCACUAGUAAAGGAGCACAGGAAGUCGUAGAAGCGUUGCAAAAUGUUCUUGAAAAAAGAAAUGGUUUAAUGUACAAGCUUAGUGGUUUUACCAUUCGUUGUAAAACCAUGGACGAUCGUGGAAAAGUUAUAUUAGAUUUUGAGUUGGAAGUUUGUGAGAUUCAAAAAAUUGAAAUGAUUGGUGUACGUCGGAAACGUUUAAAAGGCGAUACCUGGGCCUAUAAGAAGAUCUGUGAAGAAAUUUUCAACGACGCUGAUUUGUAGAAAUUAUGUAAAUUGCAUAUCGUAGGAAUUCUAUAUUUAACGAUGUAAAGCCGGCACUUUAUUAUUAGCUAUCUCAAUUGGGGGUUGAUUGUCAAGACGUUCCAUUAGAUCGUUGGACAUUGGAAGAAUAUUCUAGUUGUAAUAUUAGUGUUUCCUUUUUUUUCGGAUUGUAAAACUGUGCAUAAGUCGAAACACCAUUAUUUAAUUAUUUCACCUUGAUAAAUUUAUGUAUCUUAGAUGUUUUUAUUUUCUCAUAUCAGUCAUAUGAUUCAAUAAGCUCUUUUUCAGCUCCAUUGAAUUUGGUGUUUGUUUCCCUAAUUCUGACUGUAGACAUGCAUGUUUUUGUAAACACAGUUUUGUUCAUAAUAAUCUAUUUAUUGUCAAAAUCCACAUUAUCGCUAAAUCUCCAAGUCUUUUUUUAUUAAAUUGUCAUUAACAAUAGUAAAUUAUACGUAUUAUACGCACAUUA